UGACACUAUGACUUCCUCCCAUUCUAAAUUCUUAAAAUGGGAUUGCGAAUGGGCCUCAUUCUAGAACGGGCUCUUGAACCCAUUUUGCAUUCUCAACUUAAACACAAAUUGAAAACCAAGAAGGGACUGAAGCGGAAAUGGGGACAUUUGCAGGAAUUGGAGCGGCCGUAGGUCUUGGCUUGAAAUUCAGGACCUCGACCCCAAUUUUCUUCUCCACUUCCUUUAUCGAAAAUAAGUUCCAAAUCAGAAGGUCCUCUCCUGUUGGCGACGAGGUCACCUCAUGUCUCUCUCAUUCUCCAUCGGUGAAGCACAUGUUCUGAUCGACUCUGUGCUUCUCUUGUUGCUUCAGCAAUGGGCAAAGAUGAACAACUCGAAGACAAGCUCGGCAAAGCUUCAUCGGAGUAGCUGAAAUCCAGGACUCACGAGUUCCAAGAAUUCAAAGAAAAAUGCUGGAACCUUAUCUCUCGAAGGGGUAGGGGUCGUAGACACUCUUAACUGAUUUCAGAGAUGAACUAUUAAACUACGUACGCUCUCAAUUUCUAUGAAGGAAAAGGAAUAGAUGGCGAUCAUCAGACCAAGAAUUACUUGUGAGUAACCUCACAUACUUGCAGUUAUCACUGUAUGCUAUUGAGUCACAGGGAAAAAUAUAACAGGGCAUGAACUAUGGACAACAAAUGUUGCCUAUGAGGUGUUUGAUGAAAUGCUUGAUUAAUUUAUAAUCAAGAAUACAUUUUAACCGAGCAUAUAUCCGAACAAUGUCCUCAUUCUCGGUUAAGAAUACCAAACCCAACCUUUAUAUUAAAAAGAAAAACCGAUGCUAUUUGUAUUCCCACAAAACAAAAGAAUGCUAGAAACAUUACAAUGAAACGUUAACAAAAACACAUCUAAAGCUUACAAGGGUGGGCGAACCAGGGGCUAGGGUGGAUACAUCACCAACAGCUUUCACUUUUCUACACCCUUUAUUCUACCUUGUUCAAUGGGUUUUCCUUUAUUCCUUCUCCACUUUUUCAUAUCGCCAUGAUAAAAUUCCUUUCUUGAUUAUUUUGGUCAAGAAGUUCACGCCUUCUACAUGUACAGAGCUCUCUUUCUCCCAAUCUCCACCCACCCACCCGUCACAUUCAGCAUUCAGCUUUACUUCAUUUAUCGAGGUCUUUCCCUUCCUCUAUCCAGAGCGAGUUAUGGAUUUGAUCAUAAGCCCGAUAGCUGAAUUUCUUACCAAAUAUGUAAUCGAUAGUAUCGGAGCUAUGUUCCAGGCCUCAAGAAACCUUGAGGACGACAUUACAGAAUUAAAAAGGGCAAGAGAUAGCCUGGUUGCAAGGAGAGAUGGCCAAAGAAGAAAACUAGAAGAAGCAAAGAUGCAGGAAGGGGUUGAAGCAUCACCAGAGGAAAAUCACUGGUUCAGUCAGGUAGAAGAGAAUGCAUCCAGCGUGGACAACCUACUACUUGAGUAUGAGGAAAGUAGAGCACAAUGUCGAAUCUGCUUCUGCAGUUCAAGCUAUCAGCUGAGCAAAAAAGCAUCGAAGCUCAAGCAAGUUAUUGAUAUGUUGUACAAAGAUGACCUUAAAUCUGAUUGGACUGCAGCUCCUGUGGCACAGAAAGGGAGGAAUAUGGACACCAUUCCCAUUGAGGGUCAAACAACAACAGAGAAAUUGAUGCGUGAGAUCAUCGAUGCAGUUCUGGACAAUAGGUUUAUUGUGGUUGGGUUGCAUGGUAAGGGAGGCAUAGGCAAAACAACACUCUUACGACACACCAAUGAGUACUUUAGAAAGACUGAGGACUUUGAAUCUGUCAUUUUCACCACUGUGUCUGCCACACCAAACUUCGUAGAAAUACGAAAACAAAUUGCCGAAAGCUUGGGCUUGAAAAAUUGCCAAGAUGACAAUGACUUGAAAGAAAAAUUGUGUCGCCUUUUGGAAACAAGGAGGUAUCUGUUGAUAUUAGACGACAUGUGGGAGCCUGUUAUAAAUCUUGGUGAAAUCUGCAUUCAUGUAACAAAGAAGAAUGGCUGCAAAAUAUUAAUGGCAUCUCGAUCAAUGUCAGUGCUUACAAAGCUUGUAAUCAAAUUUGCAGCAAAAGAUUCUCUUCAACUAAUUCCAGUGAACAAUCUACCACCAGAUGAAGCGUGGGAUCUGUUUGUUCAAAAAGUUGGUAAGGAAAUUACUUCCAAACCAACAGUAGAACCCAUUGCGAAGAAGGUUCUUCGAAAGUGUGGUGGAUUGCCACUGGCCAUUGUUGCUAUUGGUGGCACAAUGUCAACACAGGAGACAGAGGGAGAAUGGAAAGAUGCCUUGCGUGAAUUGGAGCAUUCAGCUUCAACUCUGGAAGGUAUGGAAGAAGUAUUUUCAAUACUUAUGUUUAGUUUUGAAAAAUUGGAACAAAUUCAGCAAGCCCUCUUCCUGUAUUGCUGUCUGUUUCCUGAGAAUUACACCAUUCCGAAACAAUCAUUAGUUAACUUUGCCAUUGGUGAAGAAACUAUGUAUGGGUCCUGUGGGAUGCAUCAACUUGGAGAUAUGAGAAAUAAAGUUGAAGUGUGGGUUGGAAAGCUUCGUAAUUCAUCCAUGCUUGAGGAUGAUGGCUUUGAAGGAAUUAAAAUGCACGAUAUGAUGCGUGAAUUGGGUGUGUGGAUCACAUCUCCUACAUCAAAUAAGUACCACUCCAAGUUCAUUGCAAAGGCCCGUGCUAGAAUAACUGAGGCACCCCAUGCCUCAGAAUGGAGCAAAGCAACUAAGAUUUCAUUGAUGCAGAAUGAGAUACAAUCUUUACCUCAAUUGCAGCAAUGUCCACAACUACACACAUUGCUCCUUCAACAAACUCGUGUUAAGGACAUCCCCCAAAUGCACUUCCUAGAGCACAUGCCUGCACUUCGAAUACUAGAUUUGAGCUUUACUGGGAUAAGAAAUUUGCCACCUUCAAUAUCCCAUCUUGUCAACCUUCGUUUGUUGUGCUUAAUGAAAUGUUAUAACCUACAGCAAUUACCAUCUGAAAUCGGGAUAUUGGUUCAACUCAUAGCAUUAAACUUGUUUGAUUGUGGGAGCUUAAGAGAGCUACCACUGGAGAUGAAAAGGUUGAACAAUUUAAGAAAUCUGGACAUUGGCUGGACUGGAAAGCUUAAGAGGAUACCAUGUGGGGUAUUAUCCGGAUUGCAUAAGCUAGAGGAGUUGAACACUUUCCUAAGUGGGAUAAAAUGGUACGCCAAUGGCCUAGAGGAAUUGUCCAGAUUGAAAUGCUUGACUUCUAUUAGCAUAGGGGAAAUAACGAAAGUGGAAGUUUCCCACUGGUUUAAUCCAUUAGCUAAAUGCAUGCGUUAUUUACAUCUGCGGAAUUGUGAUAUCGAUCCUUCAGUUUUGCCAGGCCUUCUAGAAGGUCCUUCAGAGUUUGACAGAGACGUCAAGUUCAUGUCAUGCAAGGGUUUGAAAUGUGUUCCAACUCGGGGUUGUGAACGGCUAACUGUACAAGGUUGUCUAGAUCUCAUGACAUUAUUGAUCGUAGAGAAAGCCAGAAGCAAUGCUUUUGAAAGCUUACGGUAUUUGGAACUUGAUCGAGUAGAUCAAUUGGAAACUAUAUGUAUUGGGGUCCCGCAACCUGGAUGCUUUACUAAUCUCGAAGAAAUAAGAAUACGAGCAUGCCCCAAUCUGAAGGUGCUUUUCACUAAUGGUGUAACACGGUUGCUUAAAAAGUUGAACCGUUUACAUGUAGAUCGAUGUCCUCAAUUGGUGAACCUAGUAUCAGAUGAGAACUUGGAAAUAAAUGCAUUUCCAAGUUUGAAGGACAUGGUUUUACGUAAGCUGCCAGAAUUGACAUUCAUAUGCAGUCAUCAUCUCGAUUUGAAUUGGCCAUCUCUUUCUACAUUGCUUAUUGGAAAUUGUCCUAAGUUGGGGAGACUCCCGCUUGGAGAACGACAUAAACAUCUACUAUUGAUCGAAAAUAUACUGGAAGAAGAAGAAGAAAUGAGACGCAUAGACUACAAUGACGUAGAAGAAGAUCAAGAAGGUUAACUUCAUGUCCAGAAGUGAAGGAUGAAUGGUUAACUUCAUCUUCAAUCACCUUGAGUCCUAGGGCUACUAGUUUACAAGACGGGUUCUAAUUGUGCAACUACAGAAUCUAAAACUCAUGCCACGCUCAGUUUGAAUACAAGAUUAUUUGGUGGAAGCUGUGAGACAUACUCCAAGGAGUGUUGUUCCAGUUGGGACUUCCAAGUAAGCUGAUAAAAUCCCCAUGCAGUGAUCUUACGACGAAGGAAAGUGGAUUAUGCAUAUGGGAGUUACAGAUUCUUUGUAGUCUUUUGAUCAGAUUAAUGUCAACAUGGACUGAGAAUGUCAUUGAAAUUGUAAUUUGGAAGUAAGAAUGAGGAAGAUGCCAAUGUGCCACAAGUCUUGUUAAAUGUAUAAGUGAUUUCCUCAAAAUUGAUGUGUAUGGUUUGUUUAUAUGAAUGUGGUGCCGGGAGACCGUGGAUUUGGGAAGCCAAGAGAGUGAAGUGAACCUAGGGAUAUGUACUGUUAAUUGAUAAGAUGUUAUGCUGGGAGCUUUCAUUGAUAUGAUCAGGAUCCAGGCAAGAGGCUUCUCAGUUUUUUUUUUUUUUUUUUUUUUUUUUUUUUGGGUGAUGGGUUUUUCUCUUUCUUCUGUCAUGUAAUAUUUUAGUUGGAUUUGUGUCUGGUGUUUGUUUGGCUUGUUAUUGUAAGAAAAUCAUGUCUCGCACUCAUAAUUUUUGGGGUUCAAGAGAAGAUCUCUUCAAAAUGCAGUUAGUUCCUCACCACCCUUUCUUUCCAGUCCCUUUGUAGCUUCUUAUGGUUGAUAUAAUCUAAAUCGGCUUUUCCCA